UAAACUAUUCCCGGGAGAAAUUUUGACUGGGAGGCUGGGAGCACGACACUGCCCCCCACUCGUGAUUGGCCAAAGAGGGAAAAACAAAGUGGUGCAGCCAAUGACCGCCCGCCGCCCACUUCACCUAGGACCCUCACGUUGCGUUGAGAGAUCUAUUUUAAGUUGUUUGUGUGCUUGAGAACCGCGUGAGCCACCAGCAUGGUUUUCCCGGGUGUGGGUGCACGUGUGGCCAUGCAGGGCGGGAAGGGCGUGAUGGGCGUGCUGCACCUGGCUAGGGGAGCCGCGGCGAGCCCUUCACCACGCCGGCACCUGCACCUCACGCAACACAGACACAAAGCGGUGCUCAUUGAUGGCAAGAAGGUGGCAGCGGAGAUCCACAAGGAGCUGGCACAGGAGGCACAGAGUCUGGUGGGCAGCAGGGGGCGCACUCCCCACCUGGUGCUGGUGCGGGUAGGCAGUGACCCUGCCUCAGGCAGCUACGUCAGGAACAAGACUAAGGCGGCUGACAAAAUUGGCAUCCAGAGCACCAUCCACCACUUGCCAGAAGACACUAGCCAGUCCUCCCUGCUGGCCUUGGUGCACCAACUCAACAAUGACGACGACGUUGACGGCAUCUUGGUACAGCUGCCACUCCCAGACCACAUGGAGGAGAAGGUGGUAUGCAACUCAGUCACGCCGCAGAAGGAUGUUGACGGCUUCCAUGUGAUCAAUGUGGGGAGGUUUUGUGUAGAUAUGAACAGUAUGGCUCCAUGUACUCCCCUUGGGGUCAUGGAGCUAAUAAGGCGGUAUGGCAUUGAGACAUUUGGUAAGAAUGCCGUGGUGUGUGGCAGGAGCAAGAAUGUGGGGAUGCCCAUCGCUAUGCUGCUCCACGGGGACGGUGUGCGGCCCGACGGUGAGAUGGGCGGCCUGGAUGCCACCACCACCAUCUGCCACCGCUACACUCCACCAGAACAGCUGCGGAUGUUUGUGGCCACGGCAGACAUCCUGGUGACAGCCGCAGGACUGCCGGGCCUCAUCACUGGGGACAUGAUCAAGCCAGGCUGUGCCAUCAUUGACGUGGGCAUCAACCGCAUUACUGAUCCCAACACUGGCAAAUCCAAGCUGGUGGGAGACUGUCACUUUGACAGCUGUGUGGAGAAGGCCGGCUACAUCACCCCAGUGCCCGGUGGCGUGGGGCCCAUGACGGUGGCCAUGCUGAUGCGUAACACCAUUGUGGCGGCCAAGAGGAGCAUCAAGUAUUAGGUCAAGGUGUUCUACUUGAUAUAAGCAGCUCAGUAUUGAUGAGGAUAUGGAAAGGUGCAAUGUAUUCUGAUGAAAGAAUUCUAUUUGCAGUCUACAGGAUGUACUGGACUAGUUGGAUAGAGGAUUAACUGACAGUUCAAUUCAGCCUUCCAACCCUGUUCCCAAAAUAAUUGUUCACAAAAAAAAAGACUAUAUUUAUACUUUAACAUGUUUCUAGUGUUAAUAAUAUAGCAGAAACAAAGGCUAUCAGUAUUCAUUUCUAGCUCAUAAGGUUUAUGUUAACAAUUGGAAUAAAAAAUGUGCCAACA